AUGGAGGAGCCUGAACAGGACAUCAAGAAGCUGGCAGCUACUGUCCUUUCCCUGGCCUGCCUGUGGAAGGGCAGUGGGAGGCAGGAAGCGGAGGCAAGUGCUGGGGACUGCUGCUUCUCAGCCCAUCUCCUUCCCAAUUCUCCGCCAGGUGAAGGAAGUCAAGGCACGAAUCCACACUUGCCGACUGAGGCGUGUGACGGCAAAGCUGACACCAUGGGUGCAGAGCUGGUGCUUAAAGUAAGAAUUCACAACUCCAAGGAAAAUGACUUCAUUGAAAUUGAACUACACAGACAAGAACUGAGUUAUCAGAACCUACUACAAGUGAGCUGCUGUGAACUGGGGAUCCACCCAGAGCAAGUGGACAAGUUGAGGAAGCUGCCGAACACACUGCUUAGAAAGGACAAAGACAUUCAAAGACUCCAGAACUUUCAGGAGAUAGAACUCUUGGUGAAGAGUGGAAACUCUGAAUGGACUCAGCACACAGCAUCACCUUUGACGGAGAGACCCUGCUACAACAGCGAAGCUGCAAAAAUGACUUACUAGCUCCACGAGAGAAGGAUCUGGAAUCAUUGUCAACGAGGCCUAGACCCACGUGACAAUUAGCUAACCACAUUUGAACUUUGAAAAAUUUCCUCAUUUCCGACCUCUCUGAGCAGGAAUUGUUUGACAAACACAGCUACAGUACCCAUGAGAGGCCAAGCUGAUUUUGAAGUGUUGUACCCCAAUACUGACACUCUACUACUGAGCUGCAUAUAUGCCCAGGCCCACUUACCUAUCAAAUGGAAUGACUUAGGAUCUGAGUAAACAACUGACUUCUCAAGGCUGAGACAACUUGUGAAAACAGCUCACACCACUGUAGUUGGUGGUGGCUUCACUAGCUUAUCUAAAAGGUUGGUGGUUGUCAUAUCCCCAGCUAGUCUUCUGAAGUUCACUUUUGGCACGUCUUAGAUGGCUGUAACCUGCCCACAUUCACUCACCCAUUCCUCUUUACGUAGCCAUUUCUCCUCAAAUAUCAAAUCACCUCUGAUCUUUAUGAAAUGACUUUAAUUGAAACACCAGGGCUCCUCAGGGAUCCACACAUUCUAUUUGUAUUCCCAGCUCAGAGUCCAGUCUCCUCAUCACUGCCUUCCCAGCAGCUGAGAUGUGAGGGAAGGGAAAGGCAGAGCAGGCACUAACUACCCAACCACUGGAGGAACACGGCUUACACAGCAAUACGCUUGGUAUCAGAACUAUGGAAGGGGCACCAUCAGGACAUGCACUUUGGAAGUGUUCCAGCUCCAGUUCCAGUAACGACAGACAGGAAGGAGCCCCAAGUGACAACUCCCCUGUGUUUCACUUUCAGUAAUGAGGAAAAUUUAGCAGGGGUGUGAGAUUGGUUAACAGCUAGAAAUCACCAUUAGCAGAACGCUGAGAACUGUUUUUAAAUUAAUAAAUUUGUUUAGAAUAAAUUUUAAUUGAAACACAAAUUUAUCAGGAGGGUAAGGUUAUCCUAAGGGCAGAACCUAUGUAGGUGUUAUCCAGUGGCUAGUGUGAACAGUAAUUCAACCACAAGGCUAAAGAGCAAAUUCUUACCUGCUCUAAAAUAAGCACACUCCACUACAAACAAAAUGGGGGGGGGGGCGCACAUGCACGGGGCUCUAGUAGCCCAGGGGGCUUUCACUUCCUAUGGAGCUGAGGGAUGACCCUGAACCUCUCAUGUGCUGGGAUUACAGAUUCAAAGACACUUUUCUUUAAAUCCUAAAACAAAACUUGAGAGUUUCAAGAGGAAGUACAAAUAAGUUUUACUUUGUAUCUUGAGUGUAAAAACAACAGGAAAGAACUCUACUAAUAACUCCCAAUUUUAAGUGGUAUGAACCAUGUAGCAGAAUAUUAGACUAAGAAGUCCCAGAACAUGUAUGGGUUACAAUAAAUUCAACACCCUUGACUCCCUGAUGCACACAACCUGUUUCUUUACAGUGACAGAGCUUGUUAGGUAACGCACCUCCGUUUGUGCUGUGCUCGUGGUAGUAGUCCAGAUGCACUCCCACAAUGAGAUAAGAGGCAAGGGGCGGGGGUGGGAGACAGGGGGCGCUGCUCCUGUUCUCUUUACUGACCCACCCCAUUACUAAGAUCCUCAGCAUGCCAGGCAAUCGUGGUGCACACCUUUUUUUAACCCUAAUACUCUGGAGGCAGAGGCAGACAGAUCUCUACGAGUUUGAGGCCAGCCUGGUCUACAGAGCUAGUUCCAGGACAGCCAAGGCUACACAGAGAAACCCUGUCUCAAAAAACCAAAACCAAACAAACCAAAACCAAUCCUCAGCUCACUUCAAAAGGGCUGAAUCUCACCUGAGCAGCAGGAUGUGGUGGAGUAACUGCCAGGAACUAAUUCUUGGCUAUGUGAACCCUGAGCAUCUGUUCGGGGUUUAAGUCCUGAUCAUUUUGUCUUAAAGAGAGACAACAUUUUUUGCUAAUACUUCAUGGUACUGAACCCUUCCUUGGAAAGCUACUUAGGAUAGAAGCAGCCAUUCCCUAGUUGCCACAUAAGUGAGGGAAAAAAAAAGAAAAAAAAAGGUGUCACACAUUGUGUGCAUGCCUUGUGUGUAGUGUAAGUGUGGUGGUGUACUUAUAACCUAAGCAGUUGGGAGAAAGAUUUCCAAUUUCCAAGCUAGCUUGGGCUACACAGUGAGACCAUUUAAAGAAUGAAAGGAGAAAGUGUGCCUUUUAAAAUCUGCCAUGCAUUAAGGUUAAUUCAGUAUGUUUAUUAGUCACUACCUACACCAAAACCUUUCCCACUUAAAUUUUUAUUAAGAAAUAGCAAAUACACAAAAGCACACAAACAUACAAUUCAAAAAGAAAAGAGCCCGCCCAGCUUGAGAGAGAGGAGUGGCCAUUCCUCUGAAAACCCUUUUGCCCUCCAAGGUCAUUCUCAAGGAGCCACUAACUGAUCGUCAACUGUUUGACGUUUCUUUCAUUUCUCAAUGUAUUUUUGAGAACAGCCUGGUUUGACCUUUACCAAAGUGAACCAUAAUGAAUAGAUCCUUCUGUGGCUUGCGUUUUGGGGAUAUUAUUAUAUCUUGCGUCAUCCAUGGUCACAUGUGGAGCCAAAGUUCACGUUCACGCCUGUGAAUUCCGUGGUGGGGAUGUGUCACACUAGUUAUCCAACACAAGUGCUGAUGGGAUCUUCCCAGGGUUUGUUGGUUUGGGUUUUCUUUUCUUCAUUACACAAGAUGACAUUAAGACAUUUGUUCAUCCAUCUCCUGGCAACAUUUAAGAGUUUUUCAAGAGUAUGUACCUAGGGCUGAAUACAGCACUUAGCUGGGCCACACUGUUUGCAAAGUUGCUCCUGAAUAACCUGUUGAUAGACAACUGAUCUACUUGCUAUGGCUAAGGGGAAGAAAUAGAUCGACUAUGAAACUCUGGAAAUGCACUUUAAUAGAAAAUCCAUAAUUCUGACACAAUGAAAAUGUCAUUUACCCUGUUUCAGCUAACUUGAAACACACUCUUUAAAAGCAACAUGAUCAACUUCAAAGUGUUGUAUCCUACAUCUCAAAUAAAUGUUUCCGAAUAUAGUAACUGAAAAUGGCAAAUUCAGAACAUAUAUGAUGGACACCAUCAUAUAUUAGAUAGAUAGAUAGAUAGAUAGACAGACAGACAGACAGACAGACAGACAGACAGAUAUUGUGCAUUCCCCACCUCCACCUCCUACUUCUUGCCCCACUCAAGUGCUUGAAAUAGGCAACAUUGGGAACUCUUAGAGGAGCAGACAGGUAGGAGCAAAGGAAGACACAGAUCACUGAACACUUCCGGCUGUAGCUUUUAAACCAAGAACAGGCAUUACAAUUGCAGUUAUCAAACAAGUUAAAAUGCAUAGUCAUCCUGGGUCCUUUCACAAGCAAAUAAAAUCCAGUCAAAAACACAAGCUUAAAACUCAACCCUGAAUGAAGUGUCACCCCAUAGAAUGUUUCAUGCACAUAAUAAGUUAGGCAUACUCAUAUCACUCAUCUACAAUGCAUCUAUGCAUCUUUAAAAAUGUAACAGAUGUGAACUCAAAAAACUUCACUACAAAAUUUUCAGUUUGUACAUCCCUAAAAUCUUUAAUUAGAUGGCUCAGCUUAAAGGUUAUGUGAGCCAUGUUCUUAGACCCUGGAAUGACCUUUGUCCUCCUGUGACACUAGUUGCAUUCAAGGUGUGAAAUGCUCUAGAAGAAACUCUCUCAGCAGAACAGCAUGAACAACUUAACUCAUGAUUACACAGGUACAAAAGUGGUAGCUGGGAUCUGCUGAAGAGGCCAUCCGUCUAGUCUGUCUACACUCUCCAGGAGACGCUCGUCUUCUGCCCUUUGGAGAUUUACAUGGUAAAGGGCCAUCAGUCUGAGAACUACAGAGUAAAAGCUCAUCAGAUUUUACAAUGAGCUAUUUGGGGAACCUCCUCCUUCAGAGACAAGUUAACAGCAUAACUGAGACUUGCUUAAGAAUACAGAGUAGACACACACACACACACACACACACACAAACACAUGCACACACACAGGAACUAGCUACAGCUAUGAGUCUUAUAGGAGAUAAGUUAACAGAGAUUGAUUACACUCUUAUAUGAGGUAAAAAAUUCCAAAAUAAAAAGCACUUUAAAAAAGAUUAACUGCUUGCUCUGAUUUCAAAAUUACACAGUAACUGGAUUAAAACUAGCUCUCCAAAAAGACAUGACACAUUCACAAUACUCUCUCUCUCUCUCUCUCUCUCUCACACACACACACACACACCAAAUAACAGAGACAGCUGUUUGGUCUACACAACAGAACUGUUUCUUCUAGUAAGUUAGUUCCUGGCUUCUACACCAAACACCAAUGGUCAAGCCUUUUCGAAUCUUAGAUCUGCAUCAAUAGAUCUAAGUGUUCACAGGAACCCACUGCUGUACUCAUUUCAUUUCACUGUUAGCCUAGACGAGGCAGAAGAAAGCAAUCUGGCAUUUUAGUACUUGAGCAGAUUUCUUACAUUAUGUUCUUAAUACAACAAUGUCAUCAAACUACAUGCUACACAAAGCAGAGCUUAGUUAGUCAGGUGACUUUGCGUCUGCCAGACUGUUGUUGCCAACUGCCUUAAUCUCCCACAACUUCAGAAACAGCCUCCCCACCAACUGCUGUGUCUCUAGAUCAGCCGGGGAAGCCAAGAGGGCUCUGUCCCCAUUAACAUUUCUCAUAUAGUGUCUCUAGAAGUGAUGGCUUCAUGAUUGUCAAAGUUUGGUAGAGAGUAUUUACUUAAUAAAUUCUGUAAUGAUCCAUAACGCACACUAGAAGGAACGCAGUGGCACAGCAGUGAGAAAGGGCCGAGACCCAGUCUCCCAGCCCUAACACUGAUCAACAGGAAGCCACUCCCUAGAUGAGCCAUGUGCUCAGUUUCUUCACCUAUAAACUGACGUUAGUAUUGAGAAGCUGUAAGUCACAGGAACUGCUAUGAUAUAUAUAAACAUAUGUACUUGGGGAUAAUACUUUAUACAGUCGAUGGAGUUAGGUAUAAACAUGCUGCUACUUCGAUGUGAAAUUAUCACCUGCUUUGUUUUUCAAAUAUCCUUGUUAAAUAUACUACACAUUCCAUACACAGAAAUAUAUACAUUUAUAAAUGGUAAGACUGGGUUGAAAGAAAUUUUUGGUGUAGGAUUUAAAGGGAAAAACCUAGCUGAAAGUUUCUGAAUGUUUGCCUGCAUUGUUUCAUAGUUCAACAGAGGAAGACAGAGUUUGUAAGGUUAUUCAGAACCUUUCGCUGCUAUAGAAACCUCUCAUGGUGUAAAAAUAUAUUCUAGUUCACUGUACACCUUUGCUAUUAAAAGCAAAUCCAGAUUUAUUCAUAACCACCCAAAAUUGAAGCACCAUUAAAACAUCAAAUGGGAAGUUCUAUAAAAAUUACCCUUCAACAGGACAAGUUAGAAAAACUGUUCACUAACACUUGUAGUAAUAGUGUGCCUCAUAUUUAAAAACCAGGGACUAGAUUGGAGUCAACAGCUUUAUUAGAAAAAGAGCAAUACUAAACCUUUCAAUGACACAGACAAUCAACUCUGUAACAGAAAGUCAGAGAUACUUUAUUGUCACUUCUAAAUCCAAAGGCUAAGUAUAGCAGAAGUGUAAAAAUGGAAUCCCACUCAGUCUGCUUCACACGAAUACUAACGUUUAAGCCCGUUUUCAAAGUCCCAGACUGAAAACUUGCAAUUAAACACUGAGCAAGCCACAUGUUUAGGUAAUAUUUCUUAAAAAGUCUUAAAGAAAAAAAUAUGAUACAGGACCUAAGUUUUCAAAGUGGCAUAUGUGCUAAUAACACAUUUUCUGAAAUCUGGUAGGUCACGACAGUCCUGAAUUAAUUUUUAAUAAUAAUAAUAAAAAACAAAUAACUAACUGAGCUUUAUACUUUUCUAUGCCACUAGAGCUUUCUUUCACCUCAUUUUAAUGUCGAGCUUCACUUUAUGCCGUUUUCAGUAUUCUUCAAAAAAAUCUUCAACAGUAGUCCUACAAUGCAAAAUGUGGGGAAAAUUGAUAAUUAGACAGCAUAUAAAAGGUAAAAUUUUAUGACUAAGUGUUGGCCCAGUCGCUAACUGCUAAUCAUGACACAUGUGGAUUUGAAAUGUCUGUGUUGUUUUUACAUCAAGGCAUCAACGUGGUUCUUAGAGCCAUGUGCCUGUGUAUGCUGCCUAUGUGUGAAUGGUUCACACAGACAUAACUAUGCUGCUUUUCUAAAACAGGAAUGCCACCAACAGAUCAACUAAUUGGUACUUCCUUUCAUUAGGAUUAUUUCAUCCCACGCCACUAGCCCAAAGGUUGAAGUUAGAGGUUUUAAGAACACCUAUGAAACCUAGCUUUGAAAAGUUCUUUAAGAACCCAACCUCAUCUGAUCAUCAAUCAGAUCUUCGUGUCACUGAUCCAAAGUCUGUCUUUGCUAGAUGCUGUUGCUUUCAAUGUCUCAGCCAGUGACUAUUCCUCUAUACUAUGGCUGACUGCAAAUUCUCCUACACAGUAGGAAAUGUUAAACACAUACCUCUUAAAGACUUGAGAAUUGCACUGAAUGUAACAAGGCGGAUAAUAUGAGGUGUUUAUUGUAUUUAAAAUUCUUUAAAGAUAUCUAAUUCUGGGCACCACUGCAUCCCUACACACAGUUGAAAAAAAAUUCCAUUCUGUUAACAUAUGAUUUGUAAGAUUUCACGCAAUACACAAAAAAACCCCUCUGUGCUUCUUGUAAAGAACAAAAAGGAUACACAACAGUUAAGCGUAAAGGUCACAGGCAAUAGCAUUCAAACACGGAUGUGGGUAGAGAAAGGAGUACCUGGCAUGAGUACCUGCUUAGUUUGACUGAAUCCUUGAUUUCUAAUUUGGCUUUUCAUGGGCCGCUCACAACACCAACGCUGUGUGAGGUAUGGUAGUCAGCUGCAAUAAUUCAUAAACCCUACACUUCCAUCAAUCCAAUGCUACUGGCUCUCGAGUUACAGAACAAACUGCAUUAGAAUGCAAGGCAAUAAAGCAAAAAACUAGAAACAUCCUUGACAAAGAAAUACUAGCAGUUUAAUUAAAACAAAGUAGUCCAACAUGUGCCUCAGAAAUAGUUAAGUUUUUACAGCAUAUGUCUCUGCCAAUGUACCAACACAAGAUGGACUUAAUACCAAAAAGAAAAAAAAAAGAAAAAAAAAAAAAACAGUUCAACCUUUUUAUUAAAAAAAAAAAAAGAAA